AUGGUUAACAGUAUUUUUAGUAAACCCGUUUUACCCGAGUCACGUUACAUGUUAACACAGGCGCUGAAGGACUCUAAUAACCACCUGACUUUUCAUUUUUAUUGUGUCCACUGCUUCUUCUACAUUGGAUUGCUAGACAGCAAUAGCUCAUCGUUUAGAUGUCCACAUUGUACGAAAGUCUGUAAAAUUUCUAGUUUGUCAGAGGCACCGUUUUUCGUCACUUUGGACAUUCGUGCACAACUUCAGACUAUUUUGAAAUCUGAGGAUUUCUUGGAUCUGACAGAGGCCCUUCCCUCAAACAACUUCUUUGAAGACAUUGUAGAUGGGCAAAAGUACAAGUCUUUUGUUGAAGCUACAGCCCACUGUGGAAACAGGGUGAGCAUGACAUUGAACACAGAUGGUGCUCCUGUGUUCAGUUCGUCCUCAACUGCCAUAUGGCCCAUCCAGCUCACAAUAAAUGAACUGCCUUCAGCAACUCGCAUGAGCAAGCUCGUCCUGGCGGCCCUGUGGUUUGGAAAGAGCAAACCAAGGAUGGACAUUUUUCAAAACGUCUUUGUUGAGCAGAUGAAUGACUUGUCUCUGGAGGGAUUUUGUUUGCAGCAUAAGGGUGCCAUGAAAGUUUUCAAGGCAUUUUGUAUCUGCUGCGCCGUCGAUUCAGUGGCCAGAGCUCCUAUGCAGGGCAUUUCGCAGUUUAAUGGCUACUUUGGCUGCAAUUGGUGUUUGCACCCUGGGGAGUACCAUGAGGGCUCUGUGAAGUACCCUGCUCUAAAGGAUGACCCUCCAGAGAGGACAGAGACCCAAAUGGUAGCAGAUAUGGAAGAAGCUUUUAACACACAGAAAGUAGUUAGGGGAGUCAGAGCCAUAUCUCCUUUAAUCAACCUUGAGCACUUUGACAUUGUCUGGGCAUUUGUGCCAGAUUACAUGCAUUGUGUGCUGCUCGGGGUUGUACGUCAGUUUCUUGCAUACUGGCUCGAAAGCCCAAAGUCCGAGUUCUAUGUUGGGAACAAAAUUGCAGAGUUAGAUGAAAGACUCCUUGCAAUGAGGCCACCAAAGGACGUAAGGCGAAUGCCAAGGUCUUUAACAGAAAGGAAGUUUUGGAAGGCCAAAGAACUGGAGAACUGGUUACUAUAUUAUAGUAUACCAGUGUUGGAGGGCUUUUUGCCAGAUCGUCAUCUUCGUCACUGGGCACUCUUGGUGGAGUCCCUACAUGUAAUGCUGGAGAAGAGGAUAUCCAUUUCGGACAUUGAUGCUGUUGACAUAAUGAUGUUAGAGUUUGUUGUCACUGCUCAACACUUGUAUGAAAAAAAGAGCAUGUCCUUUAACAUGCAUCAGCUUAGCCACCUCGUGAAAAGUGUUCGUCUCUGGGGGCCACUAUGGGCUCACUCAGCCUUUCCAUUUGAAUGUGGAAAUGGAUAUCUGAAAGCUCGGGUAAAAGCAUCGAACGGUAUUCCCCAGCAACUCUGUCGAGCCUUGGCACUGCAAACUGCAGUAUGUAAACUAAGUGAGCUGACAAGCAGCAGAAGGGUCUUGGAGUACUGCAAUUCACUUGAUACACAGACAACACAAAAGACAGUAUCUAUGUCUGAGGAGGGAGUGCGCUUUUUUGGAAGGGGAACUCCAUAUGUAAAAUUUUGUGGUCCUCUUCAAAGUCCUAGAGAAUUUUCUUCCCAGGCUGUCGAAUUUAAAUGCAUGCUGUUUAACCAGUCUAUACUGACAACUUCCUCCUACAGUGUUAACAAGAAAGCCAACAACUCUGUUGUCAAGCUUAUGGAUGGUAGAUACGGCAGGAUCGAAAAGAUUGUUCAUGACAGGUCCACUUUUGUUGUCCUGAUGCAGCUAAAAUGUUCGCAAACUCCGUGUUUUCCAAAGUCUCGAAAUAAUCAUCUUCAUCGAGUGUCGGACGAUAAGAUGUGUUCACUGCAAGUUGUUUCUAUUUCUGAAAUUUCAAAUGUAUGCACUUAUAUUGCAUUGCAGAAUAAGUUUGUUGUCGCAGUUCCUAGCGCUCUGACAUUGUAAAUAACAAAAAUGGGUCAUGGGAUGAAAGCUGUCAGUAAGAAACUGUAAGAUGCCCUUCUCUUCAAAUCACAAGCAGGUCUAUUGCACAUCAGCUUUUCAGCACAAACUUUUUUGAGCAGGUGGUAACCUAAAUUGUAGUGAUAUGAAAAAUGUAAACAUGUCGGGCAUGCCCCUACAGAGGACUGAGGAUUCAUUAGUUACCUAGACCUUUUGAAGCGCAACCAAAAUUUUAAUUACAUCAUGCUUUUUCUGUGUCUGGGUUCAAACCUGCUUACUGGAAAUCCGUAAGCAAGCACAUUGAGUCUACACCACUCUAGCGGUACCACACGAGAAAGGAUAUAUGACAGAGUCUAGGUGACGAAGAUGAUAAGUGAGAAUAGAGACUAUUUUUUGAUCAUCUAGUAUUGCAUAUUGCAAUAAAUAUUACUAAUCUCUUAUCUUAUGUCUUUUCUUUCCUUUUUGGUUAACUUACAUUUAAGAAUGCUUUUUUCUAUUUGUCAACCUUGCAAUUUCCCAGGACCGAUCGAGAAUCAGUGCCAGCUUACAUUUGAGUAAAUAUGAUAGUUU